CUGAGCCUCAGACAGGAGAACUAUCAAAAGGACUUUGCAACUAAACAACGAGCGAGUUUACGCUGAAACACUGCAAGUGAACAUAUACCAUAUUGGAUUACUUAAUUGACAAGGACGUUCUGCAAACCUCGAUUCGGGAAUAUACUCAUUGGAGAUUAUCCUGGAUAUCCUUGUGGAUUAUACAAUUACGGACUUAAAUAUGACUCUGGAAGAACUUGUUGGAUGCAAUAUCACUGAGAAAAAGUAAGUUCCUUCUACAUUUGUAGCUCAGAAUAGCCUACAGCUUGCUGUAACAUAGUGUGCAUUGAGAAUAGAUGGUUUGGCAGUGGACCGUGAAGCACAUAUAGCCUCAGUACUGAAUUCUGCUAAAUUCACCAGUUGUUAGUAGCCUAUUCUCAAUUGUGGUGCAUAACUAACAAUGUAUUUUUGUUGAAGGAUGGAGACCGUGAAUCAAGCACUAGAAGAGCUGCUGGUGGCAGCGCAGCAACAAGACUGCCUGACUGUGGGAGUCUACGAGUCUGCAAAGCUGAUGAAUGUGUAAGUACAUUAUUGACCAUUCUAUCCUAUGAUUGACCAUUCCAUAAUAUGAGUCAACGUAACAUAGCUGCAAGCAUGACGCGCUUUGCGCAACUCUUUUGACACCAUAUUUAUCUAUAUUUGCUAUACAGAACAGAUCAUUAAUGUUAUAUUCCCUUUCUUUCUGCAGUGAUCCUGACAGUGUUGUGUUGUGUGUUCUGGCGACGGACGAGGAGGACGAGGAUGACAUUGCACUGCAGAUUCACUUCACGCUCAUCCAAGCCUUCUGUUGCGACAACGACAUCAACAUACUGCGCAUCUCCGGCAUGAGGCGCAUCGCUCAGGUUCUUGGCGAGCCAAGCACCGCUGACAGCAACGGCAACGAGCCCAAUGAUAUGCACUGCAUCCUUGUCACUGUAAGUACAUCCUCCUCGUUAUUGUUAAUCUUGUGCGUAAUUGUUCAUUUAGAAUACAUCGCAAUUAUCUAAUAUCAUCACAAUUUCCACAUUCAAGACAUUCCUGACGAUAUCUCUCCCCUUUUGCAUACAGAAUACCCAGUGCCAAUCUCUGAAAUGCCAAGCGUUGCAGGAUAUCGGCAACUACUGCGAGGAGAGCCGCUGCAAGAACCAAUGGGUACCUUACCUGGCCCUGCAGGAGCGCUGAACUAAUGACCCUCGCUGAGAAACGUGAAAGCGAUGAAAAUAAGUAAACAAGUCGUCAUUCUUCAAGAAUGAGAAAGGCGUUCAAGAAGGGGCAUCGUCGACAGGCCUGUGUCUGCCUUGCCCUGGGCCGCUAUCCAGUGACGGAGCUGGGCGUGCGAAGGUUCCGAGGGACAAUGCGUAUGCAACCAUGACGCAUCUGACCCCGUAUUUUUCCUCCGCGGAAAGGAACAGUGUGUGCCGGAGUGGGGCGUAGGAACGAACUGUAGAGAAGUCUCGCUGCUGUUUGCCCAGCCAUGUUGGAGCAACCGGGGGCGGCAGCAUAGCGUGGGAACGGACUUGCAGUUUCGUUAUUUGAGAGGAGGGACAAAGCAACUGUAUCAAUGAGAAUACAGACUUGAAACCGGGUUCAACCCUAUGCUUUCUGACGUGGAAGUGGGUGUGUUUGUAAUUAAAUGCAAUGUGAAUGACUGCAAUGCUCUACAGUUGGAUGUUAUGAGUAACAGUGCAAUGAAGAAGUCUUCAGAGCAACAAUGCCUAUGGAUUGUUAUUGUGUAAAAGAUAUUGAUAUGGUAUUCUGGCUACACUCAUAGCCAGGUGGCUGUCUGUUAAGAGGGUCAAAACAUUGCCACAAUGUAACAAUGUAUUCAUUUAUUUGACAUUGACACAAUUAACUAAUGUAUUGUUCUUAUUUAAGUUGAACAGAGUAAUAUAUAACAGUGAAAUGCAUUGCUGAAUACAAUGUUAAACUUAUUUGAAUAAAUUAUUGAACUGAAA